UUGGGUGAUCCCAUUUCUGGGUUGCGGGUGUGUGGCACUUGGUCCCUUGGGCGAUGGGUGGAGCCUUGGUCUAGAGAGGAACUGGGUCUUUGGUCCAUCCGGUCUCCAGUGCCUGGGUCCGGAGAGUUCUGCUAAUACUAGUUCUGGCCGUACUGCUACAUAUCUCUUUCAUCUUUUAGCACGCAUUUUUGUUCUCUUCCAGCUACUGUUGCAGUUACGUAGGUCUGGUCAGCAACCCACUAUGCCGCUUCCUGUUGCGCUGCAGACUCGCUUGGCGAAGAGGGGCAUCCUCAAACAUCUGGAGCCGGAGCCUGAGGAAGAGAUUAUUGCUGAAGACUAUGAUGAUGAUCCUGUUGACUAUGAGGCCACCCGGAUAGAGGGUCUGCCACCGAGCUGGUACAAGGUGUUUGACCCUUCUUGUGGACUCCCUUACUAUUGGAAUGUGGAGACAGACCUUGUGUCCUGGCUCUCACCACAUGAUCCUAACUUUGUUGUUACCAAAUCUGCCAAGAAACUCAGGAACAGUAAUGCAGAUGCUGAGGACAAGUCAGACCGGAAUCUUGAAAAGGUGGACAGAAAUCAUGAGAAGUCAGAUCGUAGUCAUGAGAAGCCAGACAGGAGCCAUGAGAAGGCAGACCGAAACCACGAGAAGAAUGACCGAGAACGAGAACGCAACUAUGACAAAGUGGAUAGAGAGAGAGAUCGGGAUAGGGAACGAGAGCGGGCAUUUGACAAGGCAGACCGGGAAGAAGGCAAAGACCGGCGCCACCAUCGCAGAGAGGAACUGGCUCCUUACCCCAAGAACAAAAAAGCGACGAGCCGGAAAGAUGAAGAAUUAGAUCCCAUGGACCCCAGCUCAUACUCAGAUGCACCCCGGGGCACAUGGUCAACAGGACUCCCCAAGAGGAACGAGGCAAAGACAGGGGCUGACACCACGGCAGCUGGGCCCCUCUUCCAGCAGCGCCCUUACCCUUCCCCAGGGGCUGUGCUCCGUGCCAAUGCGGAAGCCUCCCGAACCAAACAGCAGGACUGACCCUUUGUCCCCUGUAGCUUUGGCAGUGUGCGUUUCUGUUUCUUCCUUGUGGCUCUGGGAUAGGAGCCAUGGCUUCUACGUGCUGGAUUAUUAUGCCGCCAGUGAGCUACACUCCCGGCCCCUUUAGUGUUGUUUAUAAACAAGCCCUUGUUGUUUAAUAAAAGCUUUUUUGUGGAACAUAU